AUGUCGAACAACGUGGAGAAGACAGCUGUUAUUCCGGAUGAUGAUGAGCCGGAUGAUUGGGACAAGCGGAUCUUCAGCACAGGCUGCCAUACUGAGCAGGAUAAGAUGAAUGACUGCUACUAUGCAAAGAAGGACUGGCGCGAAUGCAAAAAAGAGAUGGAAGCUUUCCGCGAGUGCUGGAAGCGUCAGGGCAACGACCAGCGAACACAAACCAAAGACGCAUAA